UCUCAGAUUUUUUUCAUACAAUCAUACUCUCAUUUUAUAAAAACGAUUGAGAUUCUCACACUUCUUUUUUGAAUCAGUUCAGUUGACUAAGUAAGUUGAAUGAAGAAAGACCGAGAAUUUAAGAUUUGCGGAAUUAUUCUGGAAAUUAGCGUAGUCAGAGUUUGAAUCGUUCAUGGUCAGUCCAUUAAUAAAAAUUCAUUAAAAGCCCGUACAGGACUGCUUGAAAUUUCUCUCAUUACUAAUAUAUGUACCAGAGAGUCUUUAAAAUGCGAAACCUAUGUGCCGCGGUAUACUAUGAAGUAAUGAAAUAAGUUUAACAUGCAAUUUGGCAAAAUAUAAAACAAUCUGAAUUUUGAUGCAUAAACGAAAUUGAAAAGUGAAAUAAUUAAGGAACAAUACAAAAUAAUGGAACUCAAAGUUGUCAUAAUUUUGAUAUUUCUAACAAGUCAAACGACAUCAAAUGCACCAUACUGCUUUUACGAACUCAAAGUCCACAGAUCAAAUUACACUUGUGUAAUAGAUGCUGGAAAUUUAGAGUUCACAAAUUUGAAUGAAAUUUGGGGAGAUCAUCAAGAAAACAAACAAAACAAGGAUGUGACGAUGCUAACAAUAAACAAGAAUUCGAAAGAAUUUUUGAAACAGUUUCCCGCCAAAUUUUGUCAAGUUUUUCAAAAUCUCGAGUUUAUUGACAUGAGCGAAGCCAGCAUUUCAACGGUCAGCAAUAAUGCCUUGGACAAAUGUUCAAAAUUAUUGAUGAUAAAAUUUUAUAAAAAUAAAAUUCGAGAAAUUAACGAAAAUAUUUUCGACAAAAAUGGAAAACUAAUCGAACUUCAUUUAAACUAUAAUAAAUUCAUGAAAUUGCCUGAAUUAUUAUUUGAGAAAUUAGAAGUUUUAUCAUUUUUGGAUGUAUCCGGAAAUUACAUUGAUUAUUUGCCUGCUGGAAUUUUCUCAUCUUUGUCCAAAUUAAAGACAUUAAAGCUUGAUUUUAAUUAUUUGAAGUCACUCAACCUUGCUUGGUUCAAAAAUCUUAGAAACUUACAAGACUUGGACUUGUCAUUCAAUAGAGUUAAAGAGCUACCAGAAAAUAUAUUCGAUGCUUUAACGAACCUCCGAACUUUGGGAUUAAGUAAUAAUAAAUUAGCAGUGAUCAAUUCAAACUCAUUUGGCUAUCAUCCGUCAUUAAAAACCAUUUUAUUGGAAUCAAAUCACAUUUAUUCGAUGGAUAAGAAAUUCAUACUUAACAAUCAAGUUGAUGUCCUUAACUUUAAAAGAAAUAAAUGUGGAAAAAGUUUAAUUUACACGACGAAAGAUUUAAUGAUUAAACAUUUACGGGGAUGCUUUGACAAUUUCACAAAAGAUCAAGAACAUCAAGACUUCCCAUUUACACCACUUGACUUACUUUUAACUUCAACAUCAACAGAAACAUCAAGUACAAGUCGAAUUAUAGGAACAACAUCAACAAAGAUUGUAACUUCAACAACUGUACCUCCUACAACAUCUAAAACAACAAAGCUUCGUACAACUACAACAACCAAAUCAACCACAACAACAUCAACAACAUUAAAACCAAGUGUCGUGACAAUUGCAUCUUCUAGAUUAGAUGCUGAGGAAACAUGUGGAAUUACUGAAAACGGAACUCCGUUAAUAGUAGAGGGUGAAAAUUUCAAUCGCGGAUCGUAUCCUUGGAUGGCAGUUUUGAUUAACAAAACUAACGAUGUUCAUUGCGGUGGAGUUUUAGUGUCAAGGAGAAAAGUUUUGACAGCGGCUCACUGUAUCAUCACCAAAACAAGGAUAGUAUAUUCAAAAGAUGAUUUAAAGGUCCUCCUUGGAAGUCAUGAUUUGUCUUUGAUACAUGAAAUAAAUAGAAUUGUAAUAUUAAUUGAAGAUAUUAAAGUUCAUGAUAAUUGGAAUCAUGAAUUAGAUGCAUUCAUUAAUGAUAUUGCUGUUGUAGUGCUCAGCGAUGAACCUGAUCACAAUGCUAAAAUUUCUCCGAUAUGCUUGACUUCACCCGAUUCUCCUGUUCUGUCAGUCACAGAGGGAACUGUCAUUGGAUAUGGAAAGACUGAAGAUACAUCCAAAAAAUAUUCACAAAUUCCAAAACGAGCACAUACUCCAAUACAUAAAAUUAAAACUUGCAUAAGACAAUAUCCAGGAAUCCAACAAUUUGCAUCUAAAACUUCAUUUUGUGGUGGACAUGGCAAUGGUACUGGUGCAUGCUUAGGAGACAGUGGAGGAGGACUUUUUGCAUCUUAUAACAAUACUUAUUAUCUUUUCGGGAUUGUCUCGGCAUCAUUAACGAACACUAAAAUAGGAUGUGAUGUCCAUUCUUAUACUUUAUACACAAAUGUAACUAUGUUCUUUCAAUGGAUUCAGGACAUAAAACCAAGUGAAAUCUCAAAUCGGGGUAGCUUUAUUACUCCGUGGUCACCAACACAACCAGUUGAGAGUAGUGCAAAGAAGUCAAGCCAACUGUUUCAGGGCGGGCCCGUUUGGACAGAUUAAAGAAAUUAUUUGGAAAUUCCAAAGCAAAACAUCUCCGACUUUUACAUUCAUACUUUUCUCUGAGAUUAAGUUAUAAUUAAAUCUAAAUAAAAUUUAAAAGCUCUCAUUUUUCUA